AUGGUUGCCACUACGCGGUCCUCAUUCAAGAACCCGCCCCCUCUAACAGCUAUUGGUUCUACGGCAUCUCGCUGGUUUUACGUCCUCGUGGGCGUAGCCUUCUUACAAACUUCACUAACAUUAAGCCCCAUACCAGUACCAGAAGAUGAGUGGGUUGAAUUUGCGAGGAUGCUUCGGGAUCCGGCGUUUCGUCUUCCAACGACCACACGCCCGAGACAUUAUCAAGUAACACUGACUCCAUAUUUCGAUGUUGUACCAGCCAACGUGAACCCCUUCACUUUUGACGGCGAAGUUACUAUUUACACUUCUCCCACAGUAGCAAACGUUAACGAAGUUGUUAUCCACUGCAACGACUUGACCAUUCAAAGCCUUUCAAUUGGCUACCAAAGUGGAACGAAUGUGGUAGAUAUAACAGCCACCGGCCAGACUUUCGCCUGUGAGAUGCCUUACAGUUUCCUUAGAAUCAGAACCACUGAAGCUUUAGUACUCAAUAGAGAAUACAUAAUUAAAAGCACUUUUAGAGGAAAUCUGCAAACUAACAUGAGAGGCUUUUACAGAAGUUGGUACGUUGAUAACACCGGUAGGAGAUGGAUGGGUACUACCCAAUUCCAACCUGGUCAUGCUCGCCAAGCGUUCCCUUGUUACGAUGAGCCUGGAUUCAAAGCCACCUUUGAUAUUACCAUGAACAGAGAAGCAUCCUUCAGUCCGACUAUUUCAAACAUGCCUAUUAGAACGACCAACACUCUUGCAAAUGGUCGCGUUUCUGAAACUUUUUGGACGACACCGGUUACCUCUACCUACUUGUUGGCUUUUAUCGUUUCACAUUACACUGUUGUAUCUACUAACAACAAUGCUCUACGACCUUUCGAUAUCUAUGCCCGUAACAAUGUUGGUCGCACUGGUGAUUGGUCUUUGGAGAUCGGAGAGAAACUUUUGGAGGCUAUGGAGGCAUACACUCAAAUUCCAUAUUAUACAAUGGCCGAAAAUAUUAACAUGAAACAAGCGGCAAUUCCUGAUUUCUCUGCUGGUGCUAUGGAAAACUGGGGUCUAUUGACUUACAGGGAAGCUUUGAUACUUUAUGAUCCGUUGAAUUCAAACCAUUUCUACAAACAGCGCGUGGCUAACAUCGUAGCCCACGAAAUAGCUCAUAUGUGGUUUGGAAAUUUGGUCACUUGCGCCUGGUGGGACAACUUGUGGCUAAACGAAGGCUUUGCUAGAUUCUAUCAAUAUUAUUUGACGGCAUCGGUUGCACCUGAGCUGGGCUAUGAGACGCGUUUUAUCGUUGAGCAAGUCCAAAUGGCUAUGUUCUCGGAUUCCGUUGACACCGCUCAUGCACUGACAGAUCUCAAUGUAAAUGAUCCGACCACAGUCAGCGCGCACUUUUCUACAAUAACCUACGCGAGAGGUGCUGCCAUUCUCAGGAUGACUCAACACUUACUUGGAGUCGAAACCUUCGUUAAAGGCCUCCGCAACUAUCUCCGUGAAAGACAAUUCAAUGUUGCUGAGCCUCAUCACCUUUUCACGGCUUUGGAUGCGGCUGCUGUGGAAGAUGGCGCUUUGAACGGCUAUGGCGGUAUUACAAUUGAUACCUACUUCAGGACUUGGUCUGAAAAGGCCGGACAUCCACUUCUGACUGUCACUAUUAACCAGAGAACUGGGGAAAUGAUUGUUACACAGGAAAGAUGGGAACGCAAUACUGGCGUUUCACAAUUCCCGAGCCUAUGGCACAUACCGAUCACCUGGACUAGGGCUGGAGCACCCGAAUUCGAAGACUUGAAACCAUCGCAAUUCAUCUCGCAACAAGUGACCUCCAUUAACAGAGGCACCACUGGGUUGGAGUGGGUAAUAUUCAACAAGCAAGAAUCCGGCUUCUACAGAGUCAACUACGACGAUACCAAUUGGGCUCUCCUGACUAGAGCUUUGAGGUCGUCGUCCCGAACUGCCAUUCAUCAACUGAACCGUGCUCAGAUUGUGGACGAUCUUUUCCAAUUGGCCCGAGCAAAUGUGAUGAAGUACAACAGAGCAUUCAACAUUCUAUCCUUUCUGCAAUUUGAAGACGAAUAUGCUCCAUGGUUGGCGGCCAUCAGCGGCUUCAACUUCCUCAUCAGGAGACUGGCUCAUGAUUCUACUAAUGCGGCACUUUUACAAAAACUUAUUCUAGAGCUAAGUCCCGCGGUAGUAGCUAAACUCGGUUACCUAGAGCCAGAGAAUGGCUCCUAUAUGACUGAUCUUCAAAGAAUGUACGUAAUGGAAUUCCUUUGCAACGUGGGACACGAAGAAUGCAAUAACUUUGGAACCCAGGCCUUCCGAAGGUGGAGCACCGGUACUUUUAUCCCGGCUAACAUGCGCCCGUGGGUAUACUGCGCUGGACUACGUCACGGCACGGCCGAAGACUUCAACUUCUUCUGGAACCGCUACCUUCAGGAAGAUCUGUCCAGUGAGAAGGUGGUAAUGCUCAACGUUGCUGGCUGUACUACUGACCAGGCCAGUCUGAAUCGAUUCCUGGAUGCGAUUGUCUCAGGAAACGACGAUAUUAGACCACAAGACUACAAUGCUGCUCUAACCUCCGCUAUUACAUCCAAUGAGAUAAACACUCUGAGAGCGUUCCAAUGGCUCAGGAAUAACGUUGACCAGGCGACCAGAACCCUAGGCAGCGUUUCCACGAUCUUGAACACAAUAAUUGGACGUCUCCUCAACGAGGAACAGAUAAAUGAGGUUUCGAACUGGUUGACGGCCAACCAAAACACCCUGGGAGCCACAUACAGCACGGCGCUACGAGCUAUCGAGACCACGCGGUCGAACCUCGUCUGGUCACAGCAGAGAAUUUCAGAAUUCACGAACUACUUCGAGUCAGGCUACGUGGAGGAUGUCAUUGAGGAGAUCACCGAGGCACCGCCUACUGCUCCCCCGACCGCCCCACCAACCGAAGCUCCAGCUGUCACCCCUGCACCCGAUUCAGCAAACGUCGCAGCCCUAAGCUUUAUCACACUUAUCAUCACCUUAGCUGUCAAUUUGGCGUAA